AGUAGAGCUCCUUCCUCCCUUCAUCCCACUCCUGUCUCAGCCUACAGGGUCAGGGGACCCCUUCAAUCAGCAGGGACCCCUUCAAUCAGCAGGGACCUCUUCAAUCAGCAGGGACCCCAAAACACAGACGCAGUCACUCUGCACCAGUGACAAGAGGAAGGUUCCACGGAAGAGGAGCCUCUCAGAGAUUACAGCAUUGCCUCUUUCUUCCUAUACUACAAAGGCAAAGACACACAAACUACCCAACAGAGUGCUGCUCACUGCUUUCAAGACUAGCACGAGUGAAAGCAUUGGGAACCUUUCAUUUGCAUCAGAGCUCCUAGAGACUUUCAAGGGGACACCAGGACUUGCACAUCUACCCUCAGAGAGGUGGCAAUUGGACAGGAUGAGGUGGUUCACCCUUGUGAUGUUCCUGAGCCUCUCAGCAUUGCAGGGGAUACAUGGAGACUGUGUGUCCAAGUGCUUCUCCUGCUCCUUGCAAAUGAAAGCCCUCAGUGCCAAGUUCAACCCUCUGGUAUGUUCCUUACAGUGUGAGGGAUCUCUGCUUCAGGAUGAUGAAUGGGAGAGGUGUGGACAACUCUUAUCUUCUCAAGAAGAGAUCCUAGAAGUGAAGAGGGAGCAGGAACUAGUGUCUCCACUGUCAGACUCUCAAGUCAUGCUGGUGAAACGCUACGGAGGUUUCAUACGGAAGCCAGAUAAGUACAAAUUCCUUAAUGCCAAGCGAGAGAAUACAGGUUUUAGCAAAAGAUACGGUGGGUUCCUGCGCAAAUAUACACUACGAGACCUCCAGGAUUUAUCUUCCAAUCCAGAAAUAAUGCUAGAGUCUCCAGAUGCUGAAGAGACUGGCUGGUCUAUUCCUUCCUGGGACAUGCUGGAUGAAAGGAAAAGAUAUGGAGGGUUUCUGCGGAAAUAUCCCAAGAGAAGUCCAGCCCAAGAAGGAGAUUCAGAGGAGGGUCUGGGGAGAAAAAGGAGGCUACAAGAAGGACUGGAGUCAGGACCAGCCAUACUCACAGGGCAGGAGAUAGAGACAGGGCGAGAGGUGGACCUAGAGCAUGGAACAGCAGAGCUAGAGAAGCGAUAUGGAGGGUUCUUGCGCAGAAUCCGUCCCAAACUAAGGUGGGACAAUCAAAAGAGAUAUGGGGGAUUCCUAAGGCGCCAGUUCAAGGUCAAUGCAAGGUCAGAAGAGGAUCCCACCAUGUUCUCAGAUGAACUAUCAUACCUAUAGAACAGAACAGAAGUGUCUGAUGUGGGCGAGAGGGGAUGACAGAACCCAUUCAAGUUGUCUUAAUCAUGUGCAACUACAAUCCACCUCCCCAGCCAUAACCCCUAUGAACACCAGUCACCCACCUUCAGCCAGUUCCCCAUGAACACUAAUCACCCUUCAGCCAAUUACCCUGCCCACACAUCCUGAUGUCUUGGUACUGAGACCCCAGCGUUAUUAGACCUAUGGUGUUAACUAUGUUAUACUUCUCAUGGUCCAGUCAUGUUUUUUCAGAGGCCCAAUAAUCUCAGGCCCAUGUGAUAUGUGCAAGUUACCCAUGCCCCCCUACUGAAACAGUAAUAUUGGUUCCUCCUCUACCCCUUAUUGCCCAUAUGCUGGGCAGAAUAUAUAAUCUACCAUACUGUUUACUAAUUGCUAAUUUCAGUCAAUCUGACGUCUCUUACAGCUUUUUGUGGAACAUGGUCCCACCUCCCAGAGAAAAUCCACAGAGUAUCUUACAGACUUCAAUGCCUGUUGUAAAAUAUGAUUGUAUAAAUAAACUCACUUUAUGUCCUAAAAGCAAAUGGAAGUG